AUGAAGACAGCUUUGGUUUUCCUAACUGUGCUCGCUCUUGGGCUAGCCAUCCCACAGCCCAGGAAAGUCUUCCAUGAACAUUUUGAAGAUUUCUUGAAGGUCAUAGACGAAGAAGCUGGCCAUGAUAUCGAGCAUUUGAUGGAACAUUACCAGGAAUUCGAAGAAUUUAACGCUGCUCUGGACUAUAUUAGAACCAAGGACUUCUACAAUCUAGUUCAUGAAAUGGAAGAUUUACCUGAAUUCAAGGCCGUCGUCGAUUUCUUGGAAAAUGACAACAUUGAUAUCACAUUCUUCAUUGACAUCCUUAACUCCAUGAUCGACCAAGUGGACCGUAAGAGACAGUCCAGGCAUCAACUCAGCGGCAGGGACAUGAACGCAUUCAUUCAGGAUUGCAUCUCCGAAUUCCCUAAAGCAAAGUUGGCUGCUUUGUUCGACCAGAAAAUGAGUGAGGAUGAAGGAUUCAAAUCCGCUAUCGACAACCUCCAGAGCGAAGAGUGGGACAAGGUCUGGAAUGCUCUGUGGGAAAGCGAAGUAUUCUUGGAAGAAGUCCAAACCCUUAAGGAUCACGGUAUUGAUGUUUACUGGCUCCUCAUCGAAAUCCAAGCUGUCUUCGGCCAGAUUUUAGAUUUACACCCAGUAAAAAUUUUGCAAGAGAAAAUGAAGGCCGCAUUCAUUCUUUUGGCUUUAUUUAACUUGGGCUUAGCUGCCCCCCAAGUAAGGAAAUCUUUCCAUGAGCAUUUUGAUGAUUUCUUGGAUAUUAUUCUAGAGGAAUCUGGUGAUGAAAUAGAACACGUUAUGGAACAUUAUUUGGAAUUCGAUGAAUUCCGCGCAAGCUUCGAAUAUGUUUCCACGAAAGAUUUCAACCAGUUAAUCCACGAAAUGGAAGAUUUGCCCGAAUUUAAAGCUGUGGUAGAAUUUUUGGAAGGACACGAAAUUGAUAUUUUGUUCUUCAUUGACAAGCUGAAUGAUUUUAUUGAUAAUAUUAUGAUUCCCGACAAAAGAAGAUUAAGACAUGAACUGAGUGGAACGGACGUUAGCUCUUUUAUACAGGAUACUAUCGCGUUGUUCCCAAAAGAAAAAUUGGCUGCUCUGUUUGAUGAAAAGGUUGAAGAAUAUGGAGAAUUCAAGAGGGCUAUGGAGAGCCUGCAAAGCGAAGAGUGGGACCAGCUGUGGGAUGCGCUUUGGGAAUCUGAAGACUUCAAAUCAGAAGUCGAGACUUUGGGUGAACAUGGCAUCGAUGUAAAAGCAUUGUUGACUGAACUUCUUGCUAUUUUUGGACAAAACUAA